GCUGGGGACCACUCGCAGGCAAGUGAGUGAAAAGCAGGAUUAACGGAGCAGGGAGAAGGAGAUGGGGCAACGGCGGGUAGGAGGUGGAGAGGGGGGGAGGGGGUGAAGGAGAGAGGGGAAACACAGCAGCGGCAGACUGGCUGGUGAAGCGAGUCCGAGAAUGCGCGAGCGAGAGAGAGAGAGAUAGAAAGAGAGAAAGAGAUAACUAAUAUUGGUCCAGCGAGAGCAAUGAGGACGAAGAGAUAUGCACAGGAACGGACGCUGCAUGAUGUCCCCGAAAGGGACUCGGCGGGGUCUUCCAUUUCCCCCUUUGACGGAAACCGACUUUUUGAAGUGGCCGACGCCACUCUAUGUCAUCACAAAAGUUAUAUUCGAAGGAUCGAAGAGGAAGAGGAGCCCGCACGCGAAUGGAAUGCAUCGGGAUGGCGAGCAUCGACGCGGCGGUCCUGGCGGAUCGGGGCGAGCAAGUGGGAGGGGGCUUCCCCCCUGGUAGCGGAGAAGGAAGGGGCCAGUAGAAUGGAGCGCGCUGGAACGGGGUCCGGUGCGCACACGUUCGACGCGCGGCCUUGCUUAAACCCUCGUUCGCUCUCUCGUCACAGCACGAUUAUCGUGGGAAGAGGGCUCUUGGACAUCGUGACAUGUUCGUCGUCGUGGAAGAAACGAGAACAGUGCCCUAUCGCCUAAUCGAAAGUGCCGCGUGCCUCGCGAUCGGCGUGAAAGAAUCGGAAGAAGAACCUAGGAGGAACCAGCACCGCGACCAGGAGGAUACGUCUCGCUUAUAUAUAUACGUACGCAUCAGCGGUGGAACUCGGCGAAGCCAGAUUCCGCGCGCUAGGACCUGUUGAUAGCUCGCGCAGGUGUACACGAAGAAGGGCCCACGUAUUCCUCCCUUCUUUCUCCUCUCUCCCCGCCUCGUCACGGAGCAACGACGAGGAGAGAGAGAGAGAGAGAGAGAGAGAGAGACAUUACGGUGUACUCUCGGUGUACUCACGCUCUCACGCUCGUUAUGAUCGCCUGAAUUGACAAGAAGAUCAACGUGCCUCCUGCCCAUCGGGGCCAGACGCCCGGCCGCGAGGCCGUAUAUGGUGCCGUGGAGGAGAGCGCAGUCAUUACGAGGAACAACAGUCGUUGUCGGACAAGGAGCACGGAUUUUGAGCGAACGGCCGAGAAUCCGUCAUCGCUGCCGCCGUCAUCGUCCACCUCGUCGCCGUCGUCGUCGUCGUCCACCUCGUCGUCGACGUCGUCGCCAUCGUUUUCCCACACUCGGACAAACGACUCGCCCCUUCCCUUCUUUCUUCCCUUCCUCCCCUUCUUUCUUCUCUUUCUCUGUCUUUUUCUCUUCAGCUGGACCAUCGACGAACACCGGAGAGUGCCCUCCUGGUUUUUGCGUGUGAGCCGCGCGCGCGCGCGCGCGUGUGGUGCCAGUGGUGAGAUUACGUGGUGGUGCAGUUGUGAAAGGGGGGAGGCCCCGUUGAGAUGCCGUGGCUGCUCGAACUAGGGACACGGGAUUAGUUUGGGAGGUAACGCGUCAAGUGAGUGACGACGUCACGAUGCGCAUGUCGCCGCUGCUAAGAUUAGUGCUCGUGGCAGCAGUCACCUUGCUGCUAGCAAGUGCGAAUGCUAACACAGAAGCGGGCCUACGCAUUGACACGAACACGUCUGUGUCGUCAUCGUCGUCGUCAUCAUCAUCAUCACCAUCAUCUUCAUCCUCAUCUUCAUCAUCAUCUUCAUUGUCGUCGCAUCACUUAAGUGCGGUGAAUCGCGAGCAGGUGAUUGCCGGGAUGGAGGCCAGCCUGCUCUCCCUCCUGGGCUUCAAGAAGAGACCCAAACCGCAGGGCUCGACGCACGUCCCGGACUCCCUGAAAAAGCUCCAGGCCCGUCAAAAUAUGAUCGGCAUCGCGGACAUCGCGAAACCGGGCAUUCAUGCGCGAUCGGCCAACACCAUUCGCUCGUUUCCACAUGUCGAGAGCAAGGUGGAUGACAAGUUCACAUCUCCGAAUCGCUUCCGGCUGUCCUUCAAUCUAAGCAGGAUACCCCCUACCGAAACGUUACAGGCGGCACAAUUGAGCCUGUCGCGCGUUGCGGUGCCGGACAUCGAGGACAAAUCUGAUAAGCAUGGCCGAGUGUUGGUGUACGAUAUAGUACGGCCCGGUGUGAAGGGUCACAGCAAGCCGAUGUUACGGCUGAUUGACAGCAAGGUGAUUGAUAUGACGAAGAAUGCAACGAUAAGCCUGGACGUACAUCCGGCUGUGGAGAGGUGGCUGUGGAACCACCGUGACAAUCACGGAUUGCUGAUCCACGUGACCGGCGUGCACGCGCGCACGCGUGAACACGUGCGGCUGAAACGGGGUGUCGACGAGCACAAGGACGCGUGGGUCGUGAAGCGGCCGAUGCUCUUCACGUACAUGGACGACGGCCACUACGAGAUGGCGUCCGCGGAACGGAUAAUGGACCGGCGUGCCAGACGAGCGGCAUUGCGGAAGAAUCGGCGGAAGGACGGCCGGGAGAAUUGCCGGCGGCAUCCGCUUUACGUGGACUUCGCGGAUGUCGGGUGGAACGACUGGAUCGUCGCGCCGCCCGGAUACGACGCCUUCUACUGCCACGGUGAUUGCCCGUUUCCUCUGGCGGACCAUCUGAACUCGACGAAUCACGCGAUCGUGCAGACGCUCGUUUACUCGACCAAGCCGAGCAUGGUGCCGAAGGCGUGUUGCGUGCCGACCGCGCUCAGCUCGAUAUCGAUGCUUUAUCUGGACGAAGAGAAUAAAGUAGUGCUGAAGAAUUACCAGGAUAUGGCGGUCCUCGGAUGCGGCUGCCGCUGAGACUCUACGAUUGCUUUUACAAUCGGCGAGACAAACGGAGAGGUCAUAUUCGUUUCAAAAGGUUCGUAAAGCUCGAAAGAAAGAGAGAGAGAGAGAGAGAGAUCGCCGACGUGAGAUAUCGCGCGCGGAGGCGGAAGGAACGAAAAAGAACAAAGAUAUUUAUUCCGUGCGUUACUUAAGUCCCGGACUGACAGCGCUCGUCGCAGCUAUUUGACGGACGCAUCAAAUAAGAAUGAUACAUGCUGCGAGCCGAUAGACGGUGUAAAUUGUUUAUACUAAAAAGAGAAAGAAUUAUAAACGAGAAUAGUGCAUAUAAUAAAUGUCAAAAUAAUCCAUUGAUAGACGUGGCAAAUGACGGUAAAAUAAGAGUAAAUGGUACGUAUCGCUAUUCGAUGACAGUGCUGAAAAAACUUUUGCAGAAUUCAUAUCAUAUUGGAGAAAUAAUUUUUAAAAAUUCAUAAUUUAUCCAAGUCAUCGCGUGAAUCCAAAUGAGAGAUUCGCUUACGAGAUAAUCGGAUAUAAAAACUAACUUUUACUGCGUAAUUGAGAUAGCUCAUUCAAUAGAUACUGAUAGAGAUCUUAUAAUUCUGGAAUUCAGCGUUUGAUUAAACUUUCAUUAACAAAAUCAACUCGGAGUGAUGAUUAAAGUAAUUGAAUCAAAGAAUGCGUGUUGAUCGAGAAGGAAGCAAUUGGGAUUGCUUUUAAUCAUCAAUUAUAUUCAGCUGCGAAUUGCGCAGAACCGACAAUUGCGAUAGAACGGUGGAGUUUCUUGAUAAUAGAGUACAGUUUAUUGAGAACGCGAUAAUAAGAGUGGCUACCGGGUUGUAAGCCAGAUUCAAUUGAGAAAAUGAUGGGAGGACUGACUCUCCUAAAAGGCGAUGUGAUCGAGAGGUACAAUUUUGCAAAUUAACAUCCGCCCAAUCUCCGCAUCGUUCGAAUCUCUGUGGCGCGAAAGACACGAGUAACAAUGAGUAUCUUUAAAGUGUCUACAUGUGUAUAAUUUUACUGCAUUCCUCGUUCUGGCAUAUUUCUUAUCAGCGGUUCUCAUACUUUCUCAAUUGUUCGCGAAAUUUUGUAAAGCUUCUCAGCGGCGCACUGAUUAUUCUCUGACUUAAUAUUCUCUGAAUUAAUAAUCAGGCUCUUUUCUAUCGCAUUCGAAUUUUUUCAUUCGAUUAUGUCAGCAAAUACAUAGUUUUAGAGAACAAUUGUGAAAUGAAAGAAAUUAUGUUUGGUACACGGAUCACGCGAUUACAUUCGUAUGCGCGAGAGACAAACGGACGGAGCAUACUUAAUUCGCGAAUCAGAAAUAGAAUUCAUGGAAUGCGUUUCAUUGUAUGUCUCUUUAUUAUUAGGCGCGUUGCUGAUCAGAGGGAUCAUCGAGAAAAACACAGCGACGCAUCCAUGAACUUUGAAUAGAAGCGUUUUAUCGUUAGUUUGCUUUCUUCAAGUAUUUGAAAUGAAUUUAAAUUUAUUGUAAACACGAGAAUCUAUUUCGCGAAAAACUCAAUAUUCCACACAUCUAUGACUUUAAUUAUACGAACUCUCAAAGUGUUGUGGCGACAAAGCAAUCGCUUAAUUCUAAUGUAUUAUUAAUAAGACGAAAGCUGUGUGCCGAGUGACGAAAAACAUAUACAAGCGUUGGUAUUUUAAUCUUUUUUAUACGUACUUGCGUAUUGCAAAUUGAUCAUCUAAUCAUUUUUUUUAGACAUUUCGAUUAAAUUUCGCGAAAAUGAAAUAAAUGAUAGUGUGCAUGAUAGCAUGAUAGAAAACACAAGUGAUUUCACUAUUUGUCGGCAAAGAUCAUUCAUCGCUAAUCACUGCGAAAGACAUUAUAACACUUCAUUAAGUAAGUAAUGAAAAAUUUCACGUGUCAGAGAAAUAUAUGAUUGACUGAUAUCGAUUUAACUUUUCAUAGCGAUGUAGAAACUUCUUUACACGCGCGGUAAGAUAUCACUAAUGUUAACGUUGCGUUUUGAAACCGGAAAUGGCGUUCGUCGCGUGUAAAUGUACAUACGUGCAUGUACGAAUACGCGUAUCUUCCCCGCAAUCGUUGAAUUAAUUAACGUCUGUAACAAUUGCCGUAAAAAUUUAAACUUUGAAGGACUAAGGACAGCAAAUCGAACAUGUAAAUCGACGUGUUCGAUUUUUCACGACUAACACAAAGUGUGUGCAUUCUCUUUCUUCAAUAUAACACAAAGACGCGCGAGCGAAUGUACAUCUACAUACGGUAAAAUACUUGCCGCCAUGAAUAUAAAUUGUACCUGCUUAAGGAUUACUAUUUAUUUUGCUUCUUUCUCUUUUGCCAAAAGAUAUUUUUGAACACACGUGUAUAUUUGUACAGAAGUGUUAUCGAUAAGGCGAGCGCCGUUAUGUAAAAUGUGUAAGAUAGGUAUAAAAUAAACGAGAGUCUGUAAACAUUGUGUAAAUAAUAUGCUGUAAAGAGUAUUUUGUGCGUAUGUAUAUUCUUAUAUUUUACCAUUAUUUUCCUAGUGUUCCACAGUUGUAUACAGAGAAUGCAUGUGUAAAUAUUAAAUAAAUUUAUAAUACGGCAACCACAAA